AUGUCUCAAUCUACUGGAAAAGCUCGAAAGAAGUUAUCUCCCAUAGAAUCUUUUAAAAAAAUCUUUUAUUCUAAAAUUAAUCUAUUUUUGUUUUUCGUUCCCGUGGGAUACGUAGUGCACUUUCUUAACUUAAAUGCCAUACUAGUUUUUAUAGCAAAUUCUCUGGCUGUUAUAUCAUUGGGUUACCGGCUUAAUGAACUUACGUACUAUUUUGAAGAGCUUGAACAAGAAUUCAGUUCGACAAUUGCACAAUUAAUUACUGCAGUGUUGACAUUAGCAUGUAUUUCUCUAGUUCUACCUGCCGCAUUCAGUGUUUUUAUCCAAAAAAGUUCCAAUGAUAUUAUGGUAUUACGUAUAAGUUAUGGAACAUCAAUGUUAUACACCCAUAAAAAACUAUUUAAAUUAAGUCGUGAAGGCGAAGAACAUAUAGACACGAUAACGUCAUUAAUUUUGCUUGCCAUAAUGGCAGUGAUUAUGUUUUUUUCAGCCAUAUUUCUCGUAAAUUCAAUAGAUGGAAUUGUUGGCAUAAGUAAAACUUUUAUUGGGUUGAUUUUACUACCUAUAGUUUGUCAUAUUGCUAAGUUCAUUACCAUUGCCUUCGUUGACAUUGAAUAUAUUGAAUUCGAAAAAAUAUGUCGUGAUUGUAAAGAAAAAAUGGAAAAAAUGGCAACUAAAAAUGUAAAUAAUGCUGAAUGUGAUAAAUGUAAAGAAUUCAAUCUACCUGAAUGUAAAAAAAGAAUGAAGGCAACUACUAUUUUAUCUUCUAAAAGUUCAAUUCGAACCGCGUUACUUACUACCCCAAUCUUGGUGAUUUUGGGAUGGAUUAUUAGUAAACCUAUGUCUCUGAAUUUCCCACCAUUUCAAACUAUUUGUGUAGUUAUUGCAGUUAUACUCAAAAAUUACUUAAUUCAGAUGGCAAAUCAAAUUGGUUAG